GAAAACAAAAUCAGAGUUGAUAUAACGUUUAUAGUUGACACCUGUGUUUUCCAAUGAAUCUCUGCUGUCUUCCUUAAACUCAUACAUCUAGGACACUAAAUAAACUCCGUUGUUAGGGGUUUGUGGCCUUUUGGCCAGGAGGAUGGUCAUUAGUCAUAGGUCACUGUUACAUGACUACUUACACUGUUUCUGUAUAUCUGUUAGCCAAUACAGCUGCAGCCCAACCUGAAACUCCCCUGACCACAGACCACACUUACAUAACAGCUUUGAAUACAGGAAAGAAGAUGUCGGCUGUGAGAAUCUUUAGGUACACUGAACUACUUUGAACUUUAAAAUUUUUUUUUUUUUUUUUUGUCAGCUCAGUUGCCCUUUACACGUGCAGUCUGUAUCACAGAGGCAGAUUAUGGAUUGUCUUCUGGUGAUACCUACAAAAGCUCUGAUUACUGACACCAAAUGAACUAUAGGGAAACUUUGCAGCCUUCAAAAACAUCACAUGAUGUUUGUUCAAAUGAAAACCUUCCUCUUGGCAAUAUUUGACUUACCUCCAGCUAUACUUUCCGCCAGGAGGCAGCUUUCAACUGUAAUAACACCCACAGCGGGAAGAAGUUUCUACCCUGCAGCCAACAAACCUUGUGUUUUAUGGGUUUCAUUUUCUGGGCCUCGAACAUCUGUUUGCAUGAGUUAAUAGUUAACAACUCAUCUUUCAACUAAUAUUUUAAGUACAUUACGAGGUAAAUUUAUAUCCCACAUUUCUCUUUAAAUGUAAUGCCGCUCUAAAUCCUUCUGUGAAACUUGCCAUUUAGAACAUUUUUGCCUUUUGGCCAAGUUUUCUGCUGUAUGUGGUCAGUCCGUCAGCAGUCACUGGUCCAAUAAAGACUGUUUUUUCUCUCUCCCUCUGUAGCUCCAGUCAAACCACAAACCCUCUCGGAGUCAGUUGUCUGCUUGGGUAAUGGAAAGGAGUAUUUCUUGCUAAUUCUUGCUAAUUCCUUUUCCAUGGGCACAAGGCGGUGGUCGCAAAUUGCCCAGUUUAUUUUGCUCUCAAGUCAAGCUCAAGCUGGAUGCAACCAGCUGGGGACUGUGAUAAAUGGUUUUCGCUGGAAGGCAUACACUGUGAGCUAUAAGUGGUGGGAAAAACAUUUUGUUUGGCACUCGGAGACAAACUGUGGGAGUAACUAAGACAAACAGUAAGGAUAACAUACAGAUUAAACUGAUUCUGAAUGAUUCAAAGGCAUUAGAGAACAAGGGCGAGCUUGAAAAAAUCUGAACUGUAACAUAUAUGAUAAUGAUAGUAAAGCUGACAUGCUAGUAUUUGCUCAAGUUGUGUUAAAACCUUGAGAGUUUCAGCACUUGAACUCAGAAAAGUAGAGAUAUUUAUCUUUUUCUCUUAGUUCAGGGGUUAUUAAAGCUUCUCUAAAGGUGAAAUCUGAGAACAUUAAUCAUAAGUAUCUGACCGUUUUUGUUAGCAUAUCAAGCUGCUGCUCCUGCUUCUUUUUUGCUAUCCACUGUUUAUGGUGGCUAGCAAACAGUGUAAAUUAGCUCCACCUGCCCCUACCAUGGACCAUCUACUCACACAGUCUAAAUAUAUGCAAACUUUUAGCACAGCUAAAUAUUUUAGUUUUCAAAACAACAGCCAGUUGUUGUGAUAGCAGUAUGUUGUUUUUUGUCACUUGACAAUAGAUAAUGUCAGAGCUAAUGGGUGUUUAUAAUGUUCACCAACUUACUUUAGAUUUUAGCUAACUCAUAUUUGUUCAUCAGCACAAAAUACAAAACAAUGGUGAGACUGUUAUUUUUUUUUUAUUAUUUUGAUGGUCCUAGAUUAUUAAUUAAAACAGUGGAAUAGCAAAAUUUUACUUUGUGAUACUUGAUAAAACUUAAGGGGAGGGUAUUAUUCCUUUUUUAGACUCUAUUCUUCCUUUCUGAUAUCUCUUGAAUGUCUUUACUUGAUUUUCAGAUGGAAAAAAGCCUCAAAUUUCUUGCUGUGGUGUAUUAAAAUAUUAUCACAGCCCCUAUCUGAAAUGCUUUUUAUCUAGCUGUUGUCUCUUUAAGGUCCCCCCUCCACAAGCCCACUAUCCUCUGAUUGGCCCCCUCCCUGGAAGCCAUUGUGAAUGAAUGGCACUCUUUGGAAUUGCCCCACGGAACAAUCCAAGGUACUUCAAAAUUGUGUCAGUUUCACACCAGAAACGGUGGAUGUUGACAAAAUUUGGCCUGAAGGCAUCUGCAGGGUUGUUUAACAAAUGAAACUAUGAAACUUUAAUUUUCUGGUCAACCUUUAUGAAUAAUUAAUGAUCCAGAGGGUCUGGAGACCUGACCUCAGGGAGGCAUAAAUGAUUUUAAUAAAUUGGGGCUGUUUAAACUGGUAAAAGCUGGAAUAUUUUAUUUGAUAACCUGCAACUUUUACUCAUCGGUGGUACAAAAGGAUAUUUGAGGGAUCUUUGGGGGGCUACGGAUAUCAGUAAACAGAUUACUCGGUCUGACUAGUUUAAAUAUUUGACCUAUCACAGGAAAAGGGUGUGUGUGUGUGUGGGGGGGGGGGGGACUACACGAUUUAGUGUGAGUCCACCAGCUAAAUGCUAGGACACUAAAAAUAGACCUUAACUCAAAGGUGGUCCUCCAAGCAAAGGUCAGAGAUAAGUUUAAGUGGCUUUAAACAAUUCUCUGAUAAUCUGUCAGUAAUUAUUGAGAUAUUUAACUAGAUAAAUUUGAUCUAUGGUGUGAAGAGGAUUUCAUCCUCCAGGAGACAUGAAUGCUUGUGCAAAAUUCUGUAUCAGUCCACCCACUUGAGAUAUUUCGAUCUUGGUCAUUGUGAUGGAUGGACACAGGUUUUUACUUGUCCCACAACUUUGCCUUUGGUAUGGUUGAUAAAGCAAUUGUCACUUCUUUGAAACCAAUCUGGUGACAAACGACGCUGCGUUCACACCACACUGUUGUUUAUACUUGUCCACUGCCCUUUAAAAGAGAAGAGGAAAGGCUUUCCUGGUAUGCUGGUGGUGCCCCAAAGGAAGAUGCUGGUCUGGGCUGAAAGUAGAGCCAAGAAGAAUGAGCAGUAUGCACAGAGAGAAUGAACCCCCAUGGAUGCCACCAAGCCCUCUGCUCUCCCCCCGCUUUAUUUGAUUACAGGGGACAGAGACCACAUAACAUGGGGUAGGGUUACACAUUCUGACUGAGGGAGGUCCAUGAGGCACUGCCUGGUCACUGAUGUUAUCUGAGAGGAUCAUGAAUGGCAGACAGAAAGGUGACCCUGGUACUUUCUCCUGGAUGCUCCAUAUUUUGACAUGUUGUCAACUCCAUCCUGGAAAAGCUGCUGUUUUUCUCAGCCGGCUACACCUCUCUGAUUCUUAUUGGCUGCUGUCUGAAGGGGAGGGUGUGCUCCUCUAAUUCUUCCCUCCCACUUGUCAGUCUUGUUGGAUGGACAGUACUAGAGGAAGGCAUGAACAGAAGCCCCUCCCUGCUUCGUGCUCUCUUUUACACACAAGCAAACUCAGCUUCUGUUAUGGCAGAGGCUGCUGCACGUUGGCAUUUUCCAAACAGCCGGGGCAUGCCACUCUGUCUGUAGACACCUCCCUUUCUCCUCAGGAGCAGACAAACCGCCUGAACUGAGCUGAGAGCAGACUGUAGUGGACUGUCAGACAUCCACACCCUCACAUCAGCAAGACAAAUUGGGGGGAACUGCAGGAGCACAUGUCACAAGGUAAGCUCUGGUUAAAUAUUCAUCUCAUAUCUCAGAGCCAGAGGAGGACUGUUGGAUUGGAAAUUUAAUCAAAGCAGAAAUACUGAAUGUUGACCUUGAAAGUCUUGGAAACUGGGAUGGGCUGAUCUAAAUUCAGGGUCAGGAAAGCUUUUGACUCCUAAGUGAUUUCACAAAUUGUAUGGAGUGGAUCUCUGGGCCUGUGUUGAAUACUAAUCAGACACUCAGGACUGAAACUUUACCUUUAAGAAAUUAAAUGUUUCACUAAAUUUACAUCUGAAUUUAUCUUUUUAACGCAAAUUGCACAGACAUGAAACACAAACACACGCCCAUUGGAACACACACAUACACACAAGUCAGAGGACUUUCUAUUUUAACCUUGCCAUGUUAACAUACCACAGCUUUCUUCCUUGCAUGAAGCCCCUGGCAGCUGUUUCAUCCAAAAGGCUUUGGCUCCACAUACCACACAAUGGGGCUCAGAUGCCACAAUGCAAUCAUGACCCUGUUGCUGUUGGGCUACAACCAGGUCCAAAAUGUCAAAACGAAAAACACUCAAACUGAAAAAGAUGAUAAAACUUGAGGGAUUUCUAGGAAGUCUUAAUGGAGACAGUGAAGGAGAAAUGUGAGUCUGACAAGAGAAAAACAGAGUGAGGGAGCAGCAGGGGAAAGAGGAAAAAGAGUCCAAACAGUUGAGUUUGGUUUCUAAAUCAACUCUGAACAGAAGACGAGGUUUAGAGUUAUGUGCUGGGAGGAAAUAACGGACAGUAGCCAAAAAGUUGAAAGGAAGAAUGAUUUUUCCGGGACUAAGAACAUAGACAGGAAAACUUGUGGAUUUACAUACUGUACAGACAGAUGGACAGGCACAGGGAAGAAAGAGAGGGACAGAUGGAGGAAAUCAGAGAUGGCAAAGUGCACAGAGAGAGAGAGAGAGAGAGAGAGAGAGAGAGAGAGAGAGAGAGAGAGAGAGAGAGAGCUCUGUGACGGAGUAAGAACACCUCACUCUAAAGUCUUAAGUUCAGGAUUAUGUUCAGCUUCAGGUUCCACAUUUUAUAGUUGUGUGAGGAACUUGUAAAAGCCAAGUAAAACUUUGUUGGUUGCUGGUAAAAUAAUUUAGACUUAGAGACUGACAACUCUACAUGCUUACCUUGAGUGAACCCAUGAGGUCAAAAUGUUCCAACAUACAGUUGAGUGUCACAGCUUUCUUUGGGGUAUCAAUCAGGCCAAUGGUGCUUUGGAGUAUUGGGUAUCUUUGAACAUUUAAUGUGUUUACAUUGAUACUUGAUUGUGACAGGGUGUUGGACCAUGGAGAAAAAGGAGACCAAAGGUGGUUUUAAAUUAGGGACCUGAGCCUGGAUCUGUGCACACUUGACCCCAAAAGUCCUGCUCAUUUGAUUACUAGAAACUAAGCGGCAACCUGUGGUCUUGAGAAAUGAAGCAGAUGCAGAAGUGUUAAAAACUACAAUUCCCAAAGUGCCUGCUUAAGCUUGAGCUGCAGAAGUACCAACACACACAUGUCCUUAGCAAAAAGCCAGUUUUUAGAGCUAAAAUAAAGACGUCUACAUCCUGGUUCAUAAAACCGUUUUGGACUAAGUAGCUCAGGGAUGACAGGGUACCCACUGUACAGGGUGUAACGCAUUUGUUUUUAAAUGAUUUAAGUUACAAGACAGGCCAAUCAGAACACUGAAGCUGUAUAUUAAGAGACUAUAGGCCCUCCCUUUGGCAGGUCGAAUAGACGUUUGUUGAGUCAGCAUUACCAAUAUGGCCAGCUCCGCCAAUAGGCUUCAAAACUCUGUUUCACAAAGAACUGGGUGACCUCAUUGACCCAUUUAUCAUCCAGUCUAUGGUGUGAACACAGUCAUGCUGAGGAGGUGCUCUCAGGCAUGGUUCAUGUAUGCUUGGGCAUGGUCUGUGCAUGAUGCGGGGCCAACCGAGCUAAAACAAGUAAGUGGGCCGCUAUAUUACAUCAUGACUGUUUAACAGUGUCACUCUAAAAACAUGGUAUCCAGGCAGCAUGGGCCUAGUCCAUCCUCUGAGCUGCAUGGUACAUAUCGUUGAGAGGACUUGUGUUGGCGUGUCCUAACAAUAAAAACAUCUAUAGCAGCAGGAUGGACUCCAUUGUCUACGAAGAAUGAAAAUGUCAGCCAGUUCAUCACAAGAAUGGUUGCCAUGGUUGCAUCUUGUUCUUGGUGGAAUUGUGAAACAACUAUGUGCAUAUCUCAGGCAUUACAAGUGUGUAAGCAGGGCAAUGGGGGAAUGAUUAGCAUUCAUAUCUCAGGCAAGGUAUGAAACAAUGAUGCCUUAAAUGCGCUAAUGCUCUCCUGUGAAGAGGGCCCAAAAAAAACAGAAGGAUAAUGAAGCUAUCAGAGCAUGAGGGAAUACUCAUGUGUAGCACCAGGCAUUUUAAUGUUGCUAACAAGCAGUAAGUAUAGAGUAAAGGAGAUUCUGAUGACAACAUCACUGGCUUUGUGGACACCAAGUCUUGCACCGAAACUCUACCAGAGUGGGCUGUCUACUUAUCAGACUCAGGGGUUGGAUUCUUUCUUGUCCUUAUAAAAUAAAUUGAACUCAAAACAUUGUGACCAAAGGCUGCACCAUCUAUGUAGCCUAUGUUGUAUGGAGUGUGCAGGUUUGUUUGUUUGGUUUUUUUUGGAGAGCAGAAGGCAUGAAUAUGAGAAGUCCAUUCAUCAUUUACCAAACUUGGCACUAGAGGAAUUGUCAACGGAUCAUCAUUUCCUGAACACAUCAGCUAUUGGCUAGAUUCUGGUGGCAACAGUCUAUUUUUCAAGGGGUGGAUUCAGUGAUGUACAGUAUAAAGGAUUAGAGGGCCAAGACCUCCAUGCAUUUAUCAUUUUUCACUGUCUGAUCUGCAACUUGAAAACAACAGUAGAGAGGCAUUGAGAAGACUUGGUUUCAUUUGGUUUCAGUGUCAUACAGAGCCCUUAUCUGUAUUUAAACUGAAGGAUGACCAGAGUGGUCACAUUUCUUCAACCUGGGACCACUACAUAAGUCUAAGGAUCAACACAGUCAGGAGUCUUCCCCUGUGAAUCAUAAAGUAUUUCAAACAGUUACCAACUGGUGUGAGUUUUGACCAGAGUGACCAUCUGACACUGACAUCCUUUUAUCCCUGCAACUGCUGCAGGUAAAUAAAAGUCACGGACCAGUGACUGAAGCAGCUGUUCGCUGCUAGUGAAAUCUUGAAUGAAUUAUUUUUCAAGCUGUUGUUCAAACAUGUAUCGUUCUUCAUUUAGAGGUCGCCCCUCUUCCUGUGUCAUGAGUUCAUAUUUAAUUUGUGGCUUUGGGGAAGAAUGUUGUGGAUAGAGAUGUUGUGAUUAUGUGGUUUGUGCUGAUGCAGAGAGCUUAAAGGUCUGUGAGAAAGGACACAUUUACAAUCCAGCCGAUGUGAGCUAUUGUGGGAUGAAUGUCACAAAACUUGUUUAAAAAGAUUUGACAUUUUCCAAGAAACAGUUUAGCUGGAUAUAAUGGAAACCUUGAUUUUUCAAACUUAUGAAGAAAAUCAGACAUUCUUCAGUACUUGACUUUGGACUGAAUUCAGUGUGUGCAGAGUCAGCAGUAGUGUAGCAUUGUGCAGCGCUGUUUAGCUGGGGCCUGUCUGGGGUAAGGCAAACAUUUUACGUUUAAUUUCUUGGGUUUCCUGUGAGGUAGGUCUACUGCUCCAAGUGUGCACAAUGAAAAACCUGUGCCACAGAAAUGUGGAGUGAGUUGGGCAAUGACUCUUGGGAAUUGCCCUAACCCCAGCUCUGCAAGAUUGUUUCCUCUGUGGUAACCUGGUCAGAAAUAAACUCACAAGAAUGUCUAUUUUUAUAAGAAAGAGAAAGCUGUGUGCCAAAGCAGUUUGGAUUUAACUUUGUUUGUGUGACAUGGUGCAUUGUGUAGUGUUGAAAGUUUGUUUACAUUGUGAUAUGUGGGUCUUUCUUUUAUCUCCUCAAAUCUAACAACACAUUCAAAACAUUGGUUCCACUUUUUGGAAAAUACUACUUUCAAAUCCAGCUGGAAGGGAGUACAGAAGAUGAAAAAUACCUCUAUGUGUGUAUGGUAGGCACUGAACAACAGCUGGGGGAUUAGCAUAGCUUACCAUCAAUACUGGGAACAAUGGGAGGAACAGCUAACUUUGCUAGGCUAGGCUACUGAAAUAAGCUAGCUAGUACCUCAUGGUAAGAGAAUGGUAUUCUCCAAUACUUUUCUUUUAAUGAAUGUGGAUACUUUUUGAAAUGUACUUUUCAGAGAGUCACUCUGGAACUGAUAUUUUGUGUGACACAUUAGCACCCUCUGCUUGGAAGAUUUUGAAAGAACAUGAAAUGUAGUAAUAAUUAAGUGCAUCUAUCUUAGUGAAGGUGCAGUUUAUCAACGUAGUUUGUUUGAAGGAGCCGCUGAAUGUAACAUUAAAUGCUUUGUGGUGAUAGAAAUUAGCCGUAGACUAAUCAUGGCUCAUCAUGUCAUAAUUUAAAGGUAGUUUGAAGCUACAAUUUCAAUCUUUGUGUGGUAUCGUCAUCCAAUAGUUGGCUAAGUAAGUGCCGUUUGUGUUCAAGCAUAUACUGUACUUUAUCAUGAAUAUAAAAAUAGCUGUAAGAGAAGUAAUAUGCCCCUGCUGUUACCUGAAUAAAUUGCAUGUUAGAGCCAGUAAUGAAUGCUAUGCUCAGCUUAUCCUACACGGGGGGAAAAAAAGCACACACUGCCUCCCAAACAACGCUUUAUUCUGUCUGAACGUAAAAGCAUUUCCUGAAAUAUUUCCUGCUCUUUUGAACUGUAGUCGGCAGCUUCCAGCCUUGACUUGCUGUUCUCAUCAGCCCGACUGAUUGAGAUGUCUGCAGUAACAGGUGCUGUGCCUUACACUGCUGAUUGACACUCUGUGUGAACACAGCCUCUGCUGGUAGCUAAUGUUACACUCUUUGUUCAACCCAACUGCCACUCUACCUCUAGACCUUUAUUAUCCAACAAAGUAAUCACCCUGUUUCUCCUCCAGACUUUACGUCUUCUUGGAUUGUAUUCAACUGGAUGAUCUCAUGUCAACUUUUAAAAUCAAAACAAACGUCUGGGUAGCUUCUCUUGACAUAUACUUUGGCUUUACACCCACAUGUAUGGGCUAAAUUUAGACAUGUCAGCUGGAGUGCUGACACAUUCCUCUCAACAUCAUAAAACUCUGCUGGCAUAACUACAUGCGUACAUACUGUCUCAGUUUCAAUGUUUAACAUAUGUAUUUAGUUUCUGUAAGGGCCUCAGAGCUCUCAGUCUGAGUUUUGCUUUGAUAAAUCCUUUUAGUAGAUCAAGAUCAAUAACAUUUAGUCACUGUUUUCUUUACCAGAUGAGAGGGGCUCCCCACAUAAAGUGGAUAAGGAAGAAUUUGGGGUAUAUCAGCAUAAAAAAACAGGCUUAAAAACAUUUGGUACCAACAGAAAUCAAAAAUACUGGACUUGGCUAAAGUUCUUGCAGAUGUCUGAAUUGAUAAAACAGGAGAAGAAACUUUCCUAGGAACUUCAACCAAGUCUAGUUGCUUUUUGUAUUUAACUUUGUAUGGCCAUGACCUGUAUGGCAGACACAAUAUUGCAACUCAUCGUAACUCAAAAUUUCAAACAAUUGCAGCAUUUUAUUAUAACCUGAAUGUCACUAUUUUUUGUGAGUUACGUUUGUUUUCUUUUUUCUCUGAGCUAGAAAUGACAGUGUACUAAAGUGGAAGUACAUAAAUGCACAUUAAACACAAGUGUCUUUGAGUUCCAGUCUACACCAGCAUUUACCACUCUGAACCUGUCAAACUGAGCGCAUCUAUAUCUGUUAAUUGUAGAUUUCUUGCUGUCCAUCAGAAAGUGUGCGAAUGAUGGAGGUCAGAAUUCCCAGCAGGCCCAUUUGGUGGUGUUUGUCUGUUUACUGCAUAGCUGACAUUGUUUGGGGCUGUGGCUCGGUGGUUGCGGUGCCUCAAGAGGACGACGAGCUGCCACAGAGGCUGGUGGUCAGGAGAAGGUGGGGGGUGGGGGUGCGAGGAGGGAGAGUCACUUAGAGGUAAGGGAAGUGGUGACUUUAGGGGACUUCCUCUUUUCAUUAAGACUAAAGAUAAGAAAAGAGCCGAGUCAGCUGAAGUCAAUACAGAUUGAGUUAAUUUAUGCAAAGAACUAAAUGAGACCAAGGAGGGAAAUUACAGUCAAACACUUUAAGUAAACCAAGGGUCUGAAAUCAGACUGUAGACCAAGUAGGAGGCUCAGAGAGCAGAAUGGGAGGAGAGCAGUGACUCACAACAAUGGUUGUCUGUUUUUGUGUCUGUAGGAGUAUAUUUUUUUCCUCCACUGGCCAAAGCUGCUGGGCCAAAUAGUCCCGAGCUAUUUUCAGCCUUCGUCCUGGAUGGCAGGGCUGUAAUCAAGGGAACAUCAGGCCUGCCACUGUUGAAUAAUAGCAGCCUGGUGCAUGGAAGAAAUGAAGCAGUGAGAGUGUGAGAAAAACAUAAGUCUUUGGAGGAAAAAAAAGAGAGAAUGGGAAGACAGAAGAGAGAGUAAGCACUUGAGCGUAAUUGGAUGUUUGUGUUUUGUGCUUUGAGCCACAUAUGGGAGUAGAGAAAGACAGAAUUGCUGUUCAGAGUGUUCUUCCAUCUGGUUAUACACUUAAGAGUGUCUCUCUCACCAAAAAUACCACAGUAAACCUCAAGAAAAUGUGAGUCAGGACCAGAAUUUAUCUGUUUUGCCUCUUUGAAAAUCAUAAAAGACUUCAUUAUUUUAUUAGAUUACUUCACUAUAACCACUUCUGCCACAUGUGAUCGAUAUCUAACAAGUUUCUCAUGUUAUUGAUCAACUGCAUUUGCCUUUUUUUUUUUAGAUACCAGACAUCCAACAAGUUAUUAUGACUCUAAAUUGUUGGAAAACUGAAGACGCAGAGAUGAUGGAAGGACAAAAUGGUAACAUUCAAUCUCAGCCUGACCAGAUUGUCAACAUCUGAUACUCUGUGCCUGACAUUAAUCUCCUGACCUCAUGUUCACAGGGAAUAUCUUGUCUCAUAAACCAACAAAGAAUGGAGUAAAAGGGAAGCCUCCAUACUCAGUGGAAACUCCUUAUGGCUUUCGACUUGAUCUGGACUUCCUCAAAUAUGUAGACGACAUAGAGAAGGGAAACACAAUCAAAAGAGUCCCCAUCCAGCGCCGGAGCAAGGGCCCAAGAGCAAGCACUCUACCAAGGAACCUCAACCCUUUUGGGAGUGGGUACCGUCCAAGUCCCUGGGGAUCUACUGGAGCCCUUGGCCCCAAGUCCCGACUUUUGGAUACUAAUCAUUAUGGCUAUACUUCCUCAUCAUAUGAUCACAGGUCGCCUCUUUCUCCAACAGGACUCAAAUCCCUGGCUGAGAUGGAGGCCAGAAUCAAGGAGUUUGAUGAACAACCCUUGGGUGAACACAUUAGACCUCAUCUUCUCCGUGCAUCAAGUCUGCCGCUUACAGUACUACUGAGACAGGGCUCAGAGUCCACUGAUGACCCAGGAAGUCUCUGCAGUUCCAGGGAUCACCUUGGAGAAAGGAACGUCUCUUGUGAAGAUGUUUUUUAUUCUUCAAACAGCCCCCGGCCUCAGGAUGGCUCAGGGUUGCUGAGGCGCCUCACAGAGGCCCUUGAACGUGUGGGGGAACUUGAGAUGGAGGUAGGAGUGAUCCCAGAGCUCAGGGCUCAGAUCUGCAUUCUUCAGGAGGAAAGGGAAAGGCUUCGUCUUGGCCUGGAUCAGCAUAAUCCACACCCAUCAAUGAAUGGAACCACAAACUCAAUCCACUCUCACACAGACAUUAAAAGACCACGACAUGAAACUCACAUCAUGUUUCCUCGAAAUCACAGUUACCGCCAAGCGGACCCUAAUCCCUCACAUGAAUGGAGGACCAGUACGGAUCUGGAUGAACUGCUAACAGUGACUUCCCUGCAGGCUAAAGUAGCUGUGUUAGAGCAGAAGCUCCAUGAGACCAGCCUGGAGCUCCAGAGGGCGUUAGGACAGUUGAAAGAGCAGCAGAACGAGAGCAGAAGGAAAGAGGAAAAGAUUGAGCACCUGGUCAGACAUCCUGGAGUGUGGGUGCGAGCAGAAAGAGUGGUGGUAGACCAGGAUGGAGAUGAGACUGUGGUGAGAUCCAUUGAACCAUAUAGUCAAGAGUCAAACAGUUAUGAUAUAUCAAACUCUGCAAGAACUCUCCAAACAGAUGAACAACAAAGUCCACCAAAGGACUCUGUUUACUCCAAUGAAAGGAGCCAACUGGAGUCUGAUGGACCUGGUCAGGCUCCAGAAGAUGGCAUAGAUACAGCAGUGGUUGUCCACCAUAUCAAGAAGAUCAAGAGGCUCCUGAAUCGACAGUGGGAGUUUUUGUGUGCGGACUAUCAGCCACAAGAGGAGGGUCAACCUCAGAGGCACCCAGACCCCAAAGUAAACUCCCUUCAGCAGGAAAUGAUGGGGCUUGUUGACAUCCUUGCCUCGUACUACACCCAGCAUGGACAGACAGCUCAGAAUGGAGGUACUGAAAACCACAGAAAUAACUCUAUAGUCACACUUUUGUACUGAAAGAUUGCUUUUGGGGAGACAUUGAUAUGAAGUGAGAUUGGACAGUGGUCCGGGUUUGGUUUAAAGAAGAAGUGAGAUGGUUUUUAUGAGGUAAAAAAGCCACCCAGUAAUCCCCAAGUUGUCAAACUGCAGUUAUUCGAGUGUCCCCAUAUAAAAGAUACCUUAUAGUGUCAGCAUGAUAUGAACUAUUCUUCAAACAGACUAAUAAUAUUAACCCAUCAGCCAUAAUAUGUGAUGUUUAGGUAACACUCCCAUUAAGAAGAUGACUACAAGCUGCUGGGAUGGCAGUCAGAGGUCAUAGAUAAGCUGAACAUUAAUACAUUUUUAACGAGAACACAAAACAGAGUAUUUAUCCAAACCCAGGUUCAGAUGUUUUUUUUUUUCUUUUAAUACUUAAACAAACCAAACAGAUAAUUUCACAGCAAACACAUGUAAAAAAAAAAACACACCAGAAAAUUGUGUGCAUGUUUGAUAGAUGCUGCUCUAACCUGAUAGAUAAAAAAUUAAGGAUCUAAUGAUCAAAACAUGCAACAUUAUUUCUAGUAAUGAGUUUGAUCACUGCCAGCGGGGAAACAAAAGUUAUCAAUCAUUUAAUUAAGUAAUCAAUCUUUUAAAGUGCCAAUUUAUAACAAAUGCUAUGCCAAGAUGCCGGACAAAAAGACCAGACUCUGUUUACAAAGACCUGGGGCUCUAUUUUCGUUCGCGCCGGUGAGGCGGCGGAGGGCGGCGAGCCCCGCGCAGUUGUAUUUUCGUCUGGCGGAGCCCGGCGUAAGGCGAGUUUGGUAUUUUCGUGGACUGAGUCGCACGGAGGCGAGCCGAGAUCCGCCAAGCUGGGCGUGGUGGCGUGGCAGGGGGAGGUGUUGACAGAAUCAGCUGGCGCAGUGACAUUUUCGUGCUCGCCACUGGCGUGUAACGUGCGCUGAAAGCUCGCCGAUUCAAACCUGGUCAGCUUUCAGCGCAAGGCGGAACGCAGCUGGUCCAGUAGUAUUUUGGUAGACCGGCGGCAUAUCGGCAUACGUCACCGAUGCCUCACCGGCAGGUUUCCACAGUGUCAGGCAGAUUUCAGUGCAAUAAAUAAUCAUCAACAACUAUUAAUCUGAGUCAGCACAUACAUUUAGAUCUAUAUCGAUAUAUUCUGAUCUAUAUCUGAUCUGAUGAGCGCGUUUGGCACGCGUUUGGACACACAACCUGACCGAAUCAAAACAGCUGAAACCGCAUCAAAUUAAAUUAAAUAUCUAGUAAAUAAACACACAUGAUGAAGUUAACAAGAUAUGUAAUGUGUCUCCCUCCUUUUCUUUCUUCCUCUUAUUUCUCGCACAGCUCGACCUGGACACGUCUCCGUGUCCUCUGUCCGUCUUCCUGCUGCUGCUGCUGCGGCUGAACAGAUGAUUUGUUUCAGUGCUCAGAUGCGUUAUCUACUUUAAGCCGACAUAUGGAUAUUAUAAUAUUCAGUUUUGUGGGCCAAAUUUAUUUUAUAUGCCAACAUCUAUGAAAGAAAGAGCCAGGCCACGGAGCGCGAUGCGUCAUUUACGCACAGAUGGUUCCGAUUUUUAUGCCUUUUUGGAGUUUAUGUUGUGAUCUGUGCGCUCAACCCACCUUUGUCACGUGAGGUUUGAAUAUAUGCAACUUUAUGUGAGUGUCUUUAUUUGUGGAAAAGGGUGUUUGUCUUACCAGUGAGUCCAACAUUACGCACACCAAAUCCAUCUGUGCUCAUAUGAGAGAGUGUGGAGGACACUUGUUGAGCAGCUGCCCUCUGUCGCCAUCGUGUGGCAUAACUGUCUUCAGACAUCUUGAUCUCUUUGACUACUUCAUGAAAAUAGUAAUACGCCUCGCCUGUGGCGGAUUUAAAGGCGAGGAGAGGAGCUAAUGUGAUUGGUGAAAACAGGUCUCGGCUGUGUUAAACCCCCUAUCCUCCCCGUCUAUGAUUUAUGCUGCCGCGAGGAGCUGAGUUAGGGAGGGGGGAUACUUACGCCGGGCUGCGCGGCUCACCAAAAUACCAAAAUGUGCUUGGGAACGCCUUGUCAGCGCGGCGGAUCUGAUUGACUCUGCGCUUGCGGCAGAUCUCCGGCGAAGCACCAAAAUAGAGCCCCUGAUGUAAAAAUGGGAUAAGAUUGAGCCCCAUCUGCUAAGACCAGACCCACUCUGAUCCCAUCUCACCUAAAUGAGUGAAAGACUUUGUAGCAUUUAGCAAGUGGGGGAAAAAAACUUCCAUUAAUCGGCGGACCAGACUGUUUACUUACACCUGACUGAUAAAAAGUGUGCAUGAUUGAAUGGUCCAGUUUUACUCUAGUUAGAUCAGCUCAAAUCUUGUUUCAAGUUUGUAUUUAAAGCUUCUUGAAGUGGCAGAAACCUCAGCAUGCCUCGCUGUAGUGGUGUAUUUGGAUCUCUAGAGUGGUGUAAAUCUCUAAUGCCUAAAUAUCCAUCAGGUAUGUUUCUAACUUACAGUAUACGCACUACAAAUCUUAUUUGAAAUAAAACUGUUAUUUUGUUCUCUGGAAUCCAAUUCAAUUUCCUUCAUACCUAAAUAAAGCAUUCAAACCUGCUCUGAAUUAUUAAAUCACUAGAACUGCUUAUCUUCCUUUCGGCCUUGUGAGAGUUGUUAUCUCAGCCAAUAUCUGUGAAAACCUAAGAGCUGUAUUAACAUGCGAAAAAGCACAUGUUUAUGAAAAGACUGUGAAAGUCAGAGUAAAAACCACAAGGUCAUAUUGAUUUCAGCAAAGAAACACUAUACCUCUUUAGAAAUGUGUCCUUAAAGUCAUAUCCUUACAUCAGUUUGUCAACACAGGAACCUUGCUCUGAAAGUCAAUAUUCUUCUGUAAUAAUUGUAUUGUAAUUAUACAAUAAAGAAGCAACAUAAUGAUGCUCAUCUGUCAAACAUAGCCCAACAAAGUUAGAUGUAAACUGAUGUUGUUCUGAGACUCUCUUCUUCAUCAGCGUUAACAAAUUUGACUCUGUUUAUAUUUUUGGGGUGAUUUGGUGGUCUUCAAAAGAAAUCAGCCAUUAGCAGUGAUACAUUUGUAUUCAAUCAGGAGCAUGCAGUGUGGUUGUUUAAUUCAAUUUCCAUAUUUUCUCAUAAUCUUUGUGUUUGUCUCCCAUUCAGGCUCUAAAUCCAUCACAAGGACAGACCAACGUCCCCAGAUGUCAGCAAGCCUACAUUCAGGGGGUGUUAAUGAAGGGUUAGUGAAUAACUCUCUGACUUCAGCAACCUUUAGAGUUAUGAUUACUGCCUGAAACCAUACUUACAGCUGACAGACAGGCUAACUAUUUAAGUCAGUGCCAUUUGACAGAGAAAAACAUCUUGAUUUAGUAUUGGAGGAUGGCUGCCACUCCCUUUACAGUUGUCAUUUAAGGGACAAAAGUGGUGACUCCUGUGUCUUGGGAUGACUGAGCUCAAGUUUUGCCAUUUUCAAAGUGCCAGAUGAGUCAGUUUAUUAUUUCUGAGUCAGACUAGUAGAAAAAAAGUGACUUUGACAAUGUGUGCGGUGGAUUAUUAGGGCUCAGGAUGAGAUCUGGUGAACUGCCAAAUACAAGAUCCGUCUGGUUAUUAAAGUGAAACAGACCCAUCUGAGUCAACACAGUGAGCUUUACAGUCUUUCAAAAUUAGAAAAAAAACAGGCGUCCUAUUUAAUUUGUUUGAAAAUUUUCCUUCUGAUUUCCAGUCCUAAAAGGAUUGGACUCAAAACACUGAUUAAAUUACCUUGAAGCCCACAGCAUGAAUUAUUCAUUUGAUAUCUCCUCCAAAAACAUUUUCCUUGUUCUUUAACUGCUGAGUCAGACAUUAUGACGAGGAAAUGUUCGACUUGUCGGUUGGCUGUAAAUCUUGACAGAAAGUCUUACUGGAGUGUAUUUCAAGGGCAUUUUUCAUGUCGUGUGAACUUGCAAAAUCAAUCGGUAUAUUGUGGAUUCAGUUCAAUGAGAGUAAUUUUUUUGUUCUAUAUCCUUUUUUAAGGAGUAAACUUAUCACAAGUAGAUAUCAGGAUGGGCAGCGCUGUGUGAUCUGGAGAGAGCAGACGGACAGCAGCUUCAGCCCCUGGGAGAUGGCUGCUGCCCAGGUGGACGCUGACCUCGAAAGGAGACAGUUGAAGAAAGAGAAGCGGACCAGCCCAGACAGGCAGAUGAUAUCAGGGAGAGUGGGAUCAGGGCAGACAGAUGGAGGUGUAGUGUCUGUGGAAGGUGAGACUCAAGAGAAAACAGCCAAGACAAAACCCCCACUCCCAGGAGAACAGAUGGAGGGGAGUUCUGGCUCAGAAAGCACCACCGGAGGCAGGUGAGAGGACUGGAACUGAAGCCUUAUCAGUGUGUUUGGAAAGUGUCAUGAUGGUGUUUACUCUGAGAGGAAAUGCCUCUGUGUUUUCAUUUUGUCUCAUGGGGAAAAAGGCCCUCAUACUUCCAGAAAAAAACCUGUCUUUUACACUCUUUCGUUUCCAGGGACAUGGUGAGUGCAGAUUUUAUGACUGCAUGCCAGUUUCUCAAAGAUCACAUGGACAACAUGGAGAACCCCAAUGAUGACAUGGUGAGUGGCAGUCACGACUAUAUGAACCAGUUAAUGUCAUAUUUAAAUGUUGGAGUUGAGAAGGAGAUAUAAAAGUAAUAAAAUGGAUUCAAAUAAAAUUGAAUAAAAGAGACAAACCAGCAACAAUGAAACAUCUCUGCCCCGGUUUAGUAAACAGGAGCUUUGCUGUUUUGAUUUAUUCACUGUACCAUCAACUUCUUUUUUACAGAACUUGUCAGUCAAAAUUCAAAAGCCUCACAAAGUGCAGUCAACCUGCUUUGCAACAGAUGGCAGACAGAAAAAAAUCACCACUUGUUUAACUAUGAGAAAAACCAUGGAGAAAAAAAGGCAGAAAUGUAAAACAAAGAAAAGCUUUAAGAGGAGUGAUUUAUGAACAUUUAGUUGGGUCUAAAGAAUCUCACCUUGGUAUAAAUAGUAAUUUUGGUCUUCCUAUAGAAAAUGUCAUCUUUGUCAGUUGUUAGCAUGAAGUUUGCUGUGAAAAAUUUAAAAUGUUGUUUACAGCUUUAUCUCUUUCCAGUAAAAAUGUGAACCAAUUUGCAGGCCAUUUUUUUCUCAACAAUAAUGCACAACUUUGAGAACAGCUGUUAAGAAAGUUAGAACCUAUUUAAGACAAAAAGGAGUAAAUAUUGAGGAUGAAGUGGCGGUUUUAAGUCAAGCUGCUAAAAACAGUUUUUUAGAGCCAUAAUAAAACAUCUGAAGGACUGAGGGUCCCUGACUCUGCCUUUAGUAAAUGUGAUGUAACAGGAGGCUAGAACUACAGUACAAACACCUAUUAUGACAAAGGCACUGUUGUCUCUCUCUACCUUUCUGUCUGUCCCUCCAUCUUACUCCACUUUGAUCAGCUGUCAACAAGCAAAACGAAACAAGGAAACAAGAAUUAGAUGCUACCCACACACAUACAAACACACACAGAGAGAGAGAGAGCCGGCUGAAGAGGUGAACAAGCUUCAGAGUGGAGGAUAAAUACAGACUGAGUGGCUCCUCUCAGUUGCCUUAUUUAUCAGUUAUUUAGAAGAACUAAACUUCAGACAGAAGUCUCUGAUUAGAGUGCAAAAAAAUAGACAAAAUCAUCUGCCAAAUGGAUAAUAAAACUUCUGUAUCUUUUAAGUAUCCCCCGAUUCCUACGUAAAACUUCCAAAAAUGACUCAAGAAGUUACUGUGGUGUGUUAAUUUAUAAAUUUAAUUGAACAAAAACUUUUAAAAAGACACUUUUGACACCUUUAAGUGUGUCUGCAGCAUGUGUGUAUGGUAGAGAUGGAAGUGAACUCCUUAUGUACAGAGGCUACAGUUCUUGUUGCAGGGUUUGCCCUUCUCUCAAUUUAUGUAAUAAAGGUAAUAAAGCCUGGAAAAUAACUUAUAAUAACUAGCUAAAAGAUAAUAAUUCAAACAUAUAGGUUGCUGAAACCUUAAGAAGACUGUUCUUGGUAGCCUACCUCUGAUAUGGUCUGUUUUUCUUUGCAGAGGAAGGCUUUGGUGGUGUGUUUUCAGCAUUGGUUCAGUGCUGCAGCAGAGGAGUCAUCAGUCGCCACCAGGUUGGCUGCACACCUGAAAGAAGUGAAGAGGGUCACACCAUCACUGCUGGCCUUCUUGGUCAACCUGGCAGACGACAACAGCAACACAGUGCUGCAUUACAGCGUGUCUCACUGCAACUACAGCAUAGUCAGCCUGCUUCUGGAAACAGGUAACUAGAAUGUGUUUGCAAACAGACUAACAGAGCUGUAGGUAGAAAUAGUUUGUCAAUACAGAGGGAAUGAAUCUUCUUUUUCCAUGUGCUCGACAGGUGUGAGUGACUUAAAUCUUCAGAACAAUGCUGGUUACACACCUGUGAUGCUGGCCUCACUGACAGCACCUGAUGGCCCUGGUGGUAUGGAGGUGGUCCGCAAGCUGAUGGAGCAGGGCAGCAUUAACACUCGCUCUAGCAAGGUAACACAAAGAGAACGCAGUGUAAAUAUGUCAUGGGUCAUAGAUGGGUGAUUAUUAAUUUUUGUUUGAUUUCUAUGUAGUAACCAGAACAUUGAUUUGCUCAAUAAAUGAUAGAGAAUUGGAAAGAGUUACCUCUUUUUACUUUGGAGUAAAACUUAAAAAAUAUUGGCUGUGAGUCAGAAAGCAUGUCCAACAGAAGACACAACAAGGGUACAAAAUAGAAAAUGCCAGAUUUAUUUCUUGUGCCUCUCUGGAUAAGCUGCUUUUAUAUUCACUAUCCUAAAAUUUGUUUCUUUUGACUUCUAAAGUGUCAUAAAAGAGCAAUAAUAAAUACCUUUAGGGAUCCAUAUGACCUCCUUCAACAAGAUACUCUGCCCUCUAAGCCGAAAAACACCUAAAUAAGAGUAAAAGACAGAUCACUAAAUUGUGUUUCUUACAGACGGGCCAAACAGCUCUUCACUUGGCAGUGAGACACGGGCGAGUUGUGAUGGUCCGCCUCCUGCUGAGCUGUGGCGCGGACACUAACAUACAGGAUAACCAGGGAACAACGAGUCUGAUGUUUGCAGCGGAGAGAGGCCACACACACAUCGCGAGGCUGCUGCUGGAGAGGAGCCAGUGUGACCUGACACUGACUGACAAGGUGAUACAGCAGAAAACUAGGCCCAGUGGAUAAUGUACUUUUUAACAUUGUCAUAAAAACCCUUCAACCAGAGAAGUUUUAUUUCUGCUGCAAUUAGUGUAAGAUACCGGCUAUAAGUUUUCUAAAUUUAAUGAAUAGAUCGUUACACCAGAGAAAUUUUAUUUAAAAAGACAUAUCAUCCUGCAGGAAGGCCGUUAAAUUACAUUUUUAUGUCGUAGUGUUUAUGUGCGCUGACUUCAGUUUCAUUUCCCUGCAUAAUUCCCUGUUUAAUUUGUUAUUUCUCUAUUCACAUAAGUGAGCACAAAAAUAAGCUUAGACCCAGUAAAAGCUGAAAUGUUUUGACUGACACUGUGUGGAUGUGGGUGGACUGACAGUCUGGAUGGAGCUAAAUAGCUUUGCCUGGAUUAAUCAGAGCUACAGUAAGACAAAUCUCAAUGUGCAGAGAUGAGCUAAUCCACUAACAGUACUUUAUCUGCCAGUCUGAAGCGAUUGGAGGCGGGGAAAAGAGCAGCGAAGAGGAUGUAAAUGUAUCCUUCUUCUUUUGACUCAGUCUGCAGUGGUAAAAAAAGAAGAAAAAAAAAAAACACAAUCAACUACAGGCAUCCUAUCUUCAUUCAAAAGCAUGUUUCACCUCGACACAAACCCAGAUUAAGUGGACUAAUUCAAUCAAGAUCAUUUGUCUUAAGAGAGAAAAUGCAACCUUGCACAGUUGAGUCAUUUAAUCUCUCCUCUUGGAGCCUUAAUUCUGCAGCUCAAGGCUAACACAUGAAAACAAGAUUAGACACACUGCCGUGCCAGCAUUCAAUGUAAGCUGAAUGCUGACAUCAAUAUUAUAAUGACAUUGAUAAGUGCAGUUUACAAUACAUUAUUAAGUAUUAGCUUAACAUGUAUGAAAGGUUACUGUGCCAAAGAACAGACAAAAAAUGUAACAAAACUGAGGGGCUGUGUGGAGGUUAGCAUCAAUAUUACAACUCAAGCUAGAUUUAUUUAUAAGUGUCUUAUCUUUCCUAAUAAAUGCAGAAUUCUGUGUCAUAGUUUAUUCAACAGGUCAACUUAAAACUAGGCGUCUAAAGCCAUGUUAGCUAAAAUACUAUGAGGCUUUGUCAUAGUGGGUUUUUUCAGCUAUGGUCAACAAGACAAUGACAACACAAACAUGCUCAUGUUUUAGUUGUUUCUCUGAAUUUUAACUACUUAUUCACAUUGAAUAAUAAUGAAUAAAAUACACACAAAAUGCAGUCAAGGACCAUGUCAGAAACUUAAAAAGGGUGAGGAGAGAUCAGUUAGUUCUUAGUGAAAGUUUGCAUUCAACAAAAGUUAUGACAGUUUACCUCAUGGUAACAUGACUAUGUAAACAUUUUACUACAACUUAUUGUCAAAAUAAUUAAGUCUAAACUGAACAUACUGGAAACAGCAAAUUAGUUAGCAUGGCUAAUAUUCAGAGGAAGCCCUAGUCAUGCUCACUUUUGUUGGUUUGAGAAGUCUUGUGUCUUGACUUUGUGUGUUUUUCUGUUUCCUCCAGCGGGGUAAAACUGCACUCUCCAUCGCCAUGCAAGGUUCCCACACAGACACAGCCGCCCUCCUGCAGGCCCACGCCAAAGCAAGAGCUUUGUAGCCCUGGAAAAACUGGGAUACAACCUCCUAAUGAUACCUGUCUCUAAGGAACUUCAAAACACAGUAUAAUGUUGACUCUAUGUACUUGGGUUGCGCUGUUGUUACUCCUUUUACUUUCUUGACAUUUGUACAUAUAUGAGCCUGAUUGGGUGGGAUUAUGUCGAGGUAUUAUUGAAUAAGGUGAAGCCAAACUCUGCCAGCCUUGAUCACUGAUGCAGUGAAGGGCAUCAGUAUAUGUGCUAAUUUCUGUUAUGUUUAAUGAUUUCCAGAGCUAUGUAUAUCUGACCUUUGCACAAACAAGCAGCAUCUUUGCUUUGCAAACUAUGCAAUUAAAAAAAAUGUAUUUAUUGUGAUAAGUUUAUUGUGCUGGCCAGAUAUGUCAGAGUGUUGGUGCAUGUAUGUUUACCUACACCAGACUGUUUAAAGGUUUGGGGGUUAUUGCAGCAAUGUUAAGGUUGUAUCAAAUAUGUAAAGAAAAGCUAAAUGCUGCAUGGCAAACACAUUAAACAAACACAAACUUUUGUGCCUGUAAACCAACCUGUUGUUCUCAAUCAGCAAUCAUUUCUAUUUGAAUAAAAUCAACAAAGAUUA